ACCUGCGCUUCCGGGGGCCUAGCGAGUGACUCUAGCGUCUUCCCGGUAGGCGGCGCGGGAGGAGAAAGAGGUUUGAGGGGCCGGGCCGGGCGGAUCCCCUCCUUCCCCAAUGUGAGUAGUUUCCGAACCCCCGUCCGGCAAAGGCUGUCUAGAGAGGUGGAGCCGGUGGCCAGGCCGGGAACAUGAGGCAGUGUCUCUUCUUCCUGACCAGCUUGGUUCCUUUCGUGCUGGCACCGCGACCUCCGGACGACCCAGGCUUCGGCUCCCAUCAGCGACUUGAGAAGCUUGAUUCUUUGCUCUCAGACUAUGAUAUCCUCUCCUUAUCUAAUAUCCAGCAGCACUCGGUAAGAAAAAGGGAUCUACAGGCCUCAACACAUUUAGAAACACUACUAACUUUUUCAGCUUUGAAAAGGCAUUUUAAAUUAUACCUGACAUCAAGUACUGAACGCUUCUCACAAAAUUUCAAAGUUGUGGUGGUGGAUGGUAAAGAUGAAAGCCAGUACACCGUAAAAUGGCAGGACUUCUUCAGUGGACAUGUGGUUGGUGAACCUGACUCUAGGGUUCUAGCCCAUAUAGGAGAUGAUGAUGUUACAAUAAGAAUCAACACAGAUGGGGCAGAAUAUAACAUAGAGCCACUUUGGAGAUUUGUUAAUGAUACCAAAGACAAAAGAAUGUUAGUUUAUAAGUCUGAAGAUAUCAAGAAUGUUUCACGUUUGGAGUCUCCAAAAGUGUGUGGUUAUUUAACAGUGGAUAAUGAAGAGUUGGUUCCAAAAGGGCUAUUAGACAGAGAGCCCCCUGAAGAGCUUGUUCAUCGGGUGAAGAGAAGAGCUGAUCCAAAUCCAAUGAAGAACACAUGUAAAUUAUUGGUGGUAGCAGAUCAUCGCUUUUAUAAAUACAUGGGCAGAGGGGAAGAGAGUACAACUACAAAUUACUUAAUAGAGCUAAUUGACAGAGUUGAUGACAUCUAUCGGAACACUUCAUGGGACAAUGCGGGUUUUAAAGGCUAUGGAAUACAGAUAGAGCAGAUUCGCAUUCUCAAGUCUCCACAAGAGGUAAAACCUGGUGAAAGGCACUAUAAUAUGGCAAAAAGUUACCCAAACGAAGAAAAGGAUGCUUGGGAUGUGAAGAUGUUGCUAGAGCAAUUUAGCUUUGAUAUAGCUGAGGAAGCAUCUAAAGUCUGUCUGGCACAUCUUUUCACGUAUCAAGAUUUUGAUAUGGGAACUCUUGGACUAGCUUAUGUUGGUUCUCCCAGAGCAAACAGUCAUGGAGGUGUUUGUCCAAAGGCUUAUUAUAGCCCAGUUGGGAAGAAAAAUAUCUAUUUGAAUAGUGGUUUGACCAGCACAAAGAAUUAUGGUAAAACCAUCCUUACAAAGGAAGCUGACCUGGUUACAACCCAUGAAUUGGGACACAAUUUUGGAGCAGAACAUGAUCCAGAUGGCCUAGCAGAAUGUGCGCCAAAUGAGGACCAGGGAGGAAAAUACGUCAUGUAUCCCAUAGCUGUGAGUGGCGAUCAUGAGAACAAUAAGAUGUUUUCAAACUGCAGUAAGCAGUCAAUCUAUAAGACCAUUGAAAGUAAGGCCCAGGAAUGUUUUCAAGAACGCAGCAACAAGGUGUGUGGGAAUUCGAGGGUGGACGAAGGAGAAGAGUGUGAUCCUGGCAUCAUGUACCUGAACAACGACACCUGCUGCAACAGCGACUGCACAUUGAAACAGGGUGUCCAGUGCAGUGAUAGGAACAGUCCUUGCUGUAAAAACUGUCAAUUUGAGACGGCCCAGAAGAAGUGCCAGGAGGCUAUUAAUGCUACUUGCAAAGGCGUGUCUUACUGCACAGGUAACAGCAGUGAAUGUCCCCCUCCAGGAAAUGCUGAAGAUGACACCGUUUGCUUGGAUCUGGGCAAGUGUAAAGACGGGAAGUGCAUCCCGUUCUGUGAGAGGGAGCAGCAGCUGGAGUCCUGUGCAUGUAACGAGACUGACAACUCGUGCAAGGUGUGCUGCAGGGACCGUUCUGGCCGGUGUGUGCCCUAUGUUGAUGCCGAACAAAAGAACUUAUUUUUGAGGAAAGGAAAGCCCUGUACAGUAGGAUUUUGUGACAUGAAUGGCAAAUGCGAGAAACGAGUACAGGAUGUAAUUGAGCGAUUUUGGGAUUUCAUUGACCAGCUGAGCAUCAAUACUUUUGGGAAGUUUUUAGCAGACAACAUCGUAGGGUCCGUCCUGGUUUUCUCCUUGAUAUUUUGGAUUCCUUUCAGCAUUCUUGUCCAUUGUGUGGAUAAGAAAUUGGAUAAGCAAUAUGAAUCUCUGUCGCUGUUUCACCCCAGUAAUGUUGAAAUGCUAAGCAGCAUGGACUCAGCAUCGGUCCGCGUCCUCAAACCCCUUCCUGCGCCCCAGACUCCAGGCCGCCUGCAGGCCUCCCCCGUGAUCCCAUCAGUGCCUGUGGCUCCGAAGCUGGACCACCAGCGAAUGGACACCAUUCAGGAGGACCCCAGCACAGACUCACAUGUGGAUGAGGACGGCUUUGAGAAGGACCCCUUCCCGAAUAGUGGCACAGCUGCCAAGUCGUUUGAGGAUCUCACAGACCAUCCAAUCACCAGAAGUGAAAAGGCCACCUCCUUUAAACUGCAGCGUCAGAAUCGUGUUGACAGCAAAGAAACCGAGUGCUAGUUUAGAGCUUCAUAUUCUAAGCUCUUUGACUUAAGUGUACGAAAUAUUUUUAUAGAUCUCACCUAAAAUCACAGCGUAUGUUUUGUGAAGAUUUGGGAGAAAUGAGGAAGUGACUUAACAGCAGAUGCUGGUCAUGUGUUUGAGCUUCCUGCAUGUAAAUAUGUGUGCUUAGGCCCUUUUCCUUUUGAAGAGGUAAGGUGAAUCUAGCUUAUUUUGAGGCUUUCAGGUUUUACUUUUUGUGAAUUUUAAAAUAUCCUUUGACCUGUGGUGCAAAAGCAGAAAAUACAGGUGGAUUAGGUUAUAAAUAUUUACGUUUUUGUAAAUUAACCUUAUAUAUUGAUAACAGCACUGAUUAGAGAGAUGAUCAGUUUUACUUUUUUAUACACUGUAAUUGAUCCGCUGAAUAUAAUGAGGCAUUUAGCAGUUAUUUGUGAGGGCAACUGGAAAACAGAAUAGAUUCUUUUGCCUUCAGGUAGAGACAAAGGAGAUAGACCUAGUUCUACAUUGUCUCUAAAACAUGGGUCUAUUUUUCUGGUUAUUACCCAGAGCUUUAAUUAUAUAUCUGAAGUUAGGAAUCAUUCGGGUUAAUAUGCUUCUUCAUAAUUCUGAGCCUAAUACUUUCUAGAAUUAAAGCAAUCCAGCUUAUGGUGAGGGUUACAAAUAGUAGCCUGUUGCAGUUAUGGAAUCCCACCAGCUAUUUAGGGCCCUGAUGUGCUGGUAAGUUUUUCUAUGGUUUAUAAGUACCUUCAUGUACCCCUGAUACUGUUACCAUGCUCUUGAAAAAUUCACUGUCUACAAAUCCUAAACUACUUCAAACUACACUUAGAGUAUGGUUCCCUGUUUUCAAACACUAAAGAGAGUGAGAUAUUUCUUACUGAAGAACAGGCUGGGGCCUGUCCCUACAAGAACACAUGCUUCAGAAACCCUUUUUAUUGACCCACGAGUGGAUAUUUGAAUUACUUCUUGCUUUAGUGAUUCUGGAUGCUCUGCAUUUACCAUGUGAAGGAUAAAAAUCAUUAGCCUGAAUUGUUUUCCAUAAAAUUAGUUAAAAGCUUUUUUCCCCUUAAGAACUGAAAUGUCCUCACCAGCCAACACAUUUUAACUGAGAUAACUUGUAAACUUUGAGGGCAAUUAACCAAACCUGUGACACAUCAUGCCUUUUUUCCCCCUCUAAGGACGUUUGUUACGCAGAUACUUGUUACACUAAUACUUGAACUUUGUACCUUAUGGUAUUUGCUAUCUUUUUAACUAGUCACAAUAUUAUAUUUUAGUUACUUUCAGAAUUUGAUAUGAGGUGAGUGGGGUGUGGGUGUAUGUAUGAGAGUGAAGCAGUUCUCAGCUGAAUGUAAAAAAACCGUUUUUAUAAAAUUGUGACUUUUUAAAAAA